CAUCAUGGCGACCCCGUGGCCCCAGGACGAAAUCUGGCCCACUGAUUACCGAGAGCACGCCACAAAUUUGAGCAAAUAUCUCCAAAAGGCACUGUCAGCCAUCGACAACGGCGAUGGUCUACCCGUUGCAUCCCGAGGAGUUCGAGUUGCCCUCAUUGGGGCUCUCACCCUCAUCGUCAAAAUGCAGAGCACGCCCGAUCUUGGUCACGUCUACGAAGCAGUGAAAAUCGGCCAAGUCGAAACAAAAGCCGCAGCUGAAAGCCUAGCGCAUCACGUCAACAGCCUCAAAAAUGAGCUCAACGAAACAAACACCAAAGCUCAACAAACCAUGGAAGUAGUUCAACGUAAUUCAGAAAUUGCAAUGGACGCAAAAACGGCCGCGAAAGAAGCCACGGAAAUCGGUAAAGCAACAAUGAAAAUGAUCAGAGACAUGAAGCUCGUAAGCCAGCAGAACCAAGCCAACGCCAUGCCUACCUACGCCAACGUGAUGGCGAGGGGAGGGCUGGCGACAAGCAUACAUAACCCACAGAACCAGAAAGCAUCACCUGUCCAGACCGUACGCGAGAUCAUCAUCAACAUCAGAGACCCUGUCACUAUAGCCAACAUCAGAGCGAUGAGUCCCCGUAGCCUCAAGUCACAUGUAGACCUCGCAAUCGCACAAAGCAGCAACGAACACAUAGAGAAGAUCAAGGUAGUAUCCUCCAAUCAGCUCAGGAGCGGUGACUUGAGCAUCAAGACGGCCACUUCAUCGGACAUGGUAGCGCUUAGACAGUUUGCAGAAGACUGGGAACAAAGGAUCGGAAACGGUGCCACUGUAUGCAUUCCGACGUAUGGUGUCUUGGUACAUGGUGUACGCACUAGUUCGAUGGAUAUGGAUAACUUCGAACUCAUUAGAGAUAGGUUAUUACAGGAUAAUAAGCCUUUCAUACCAACUGCGGAGAUCAAGUACAUAGGCUGGCUAACGAGAUCUUCGUCCUCUAAAUCAGCAUCUUCGGUCGUGGUCGAGUUCACACGACCAGAAGAUGCGAAUAAAGUUAUUAAUGAGGGCCUCAUUUGGCAAGGCAAGGUGUUCCAAUGCGAACUCUAUGACAGACAGUGCCGCGUAAGACAAUGCUUCCAGUGUCACAAAUAUGGCCACAUAGGAACCCAGUGCAAGGCAACAAUAACAUGCGGCUACUGCGCGCAAGAGCAUCCUACCCGGGAUUGCCCAACCAAGAGCGAUAGGGACGCACCACGGAAAUGAAGCAGGAGGUCAAUAAGGCCAAAGCGGCCUCUAAACUGCGGCCCAGAUAUCAUCUAGAGCUAGAAAGCUUCGUCACCAGGAUAUCUACCGGAACCAGAACGCGGGAGCAGCAAAACAACACCAACACAAUCACCAGGACAGGACGACCUAUUUUGGAAUCAGGCCGACCCCAGGACGCCAGUUCGACCCGGAGCAGGUCGCCUACCAAGAGGCUACAGAAAAGAGCGAACCCUGGCAGUGACCAGGUGGCGUCAGAUAAUCCCGAUAACAAGAUCGUCGUAAACAUGGGGAGCCAGCGGCCAAGACAAACGGCAGCCGCUUCCAGGAGGGUCUUGGAAGCACUAGACGUCAACAGACAAACCACACAGCAUGGUCAACAGAUGGAAAUCGACGACCAAGAAUAUUAACACAAAAUACUCUUACAAUACUACAGUACAACGUCAGAAAAUCCAAAGACACAGUCAUGGCCACGCUCUUACAAGAUCCCUACAUAGGACGAUACAACAUCCUCGCUAUCCAGGAGCCUUGGAAGAACCCAUUCGACACGACAACUCACCACCCAGCCAAGGAUCAAUUUCACCUAUGCUACCCAGACAAAGACCAAACCCUUCCAGCCAGGGUCUGCUUUUUCAUCAACAAGAGACUCGAUCACUCCAGGUGGCACUUUGAAGAGGCAAACAGAGAUCUCGGCUCACUAAACCUAAGACUUGGAACAGAAGAAGAGCAACGGAUUAUGGUUCACAAUGUCUACAACCCGACACAAACCGCAACCGAAAGAGGGAGCACGCUACCCCUUCUCGGCAAAGCACUGGAACAAUCAUCCCAACAUGAACAGAUCAUCAUUGGCGACUUCAAUCUACAC